UUGACGACAACGCUGUUUAUUGCAGUUCAAGAAUUCAAUCAAAAAACAGAAGUGAAUCCAAAGAAUUUUUGAUUGAUCUGAAAUACAAAAAAAAAAUAUUUUAAAAAUGUUGAAGCGAACAUCGCUCGUUAUUUUCUUAUUUCAAAUUUCACUGAUUCAAUCGGGACCGGUCGAUAAAAAUGUGAGUCCUUUAGCGACUAACAGUGUAUACAGUGGUCCGAUAGGUGAAUUGGAUUUCAUGAAAAAACACAAAUCGGAUGUGAGUGCUCUGUUUGACGAUAUAAAAAAGUUAAAAAGCAAAAAAUCAUCGGAAGAGAUUCGACGCAUUGCAACAGUUGGAAUACUGGCUGGUGCCCUCAAAACUGAGCGCAGUUUGAACGAACGUUUGGCCGCACUGGCUCGAGACUUUUUCGUCAAUUUCAAUUCGUCCACAGUGGAGGACAAUAUGGAGAAAUUGUUCAAUUUAGAACAGACCAUGGAACGGGACAAGCGAGCUAUGGAAAUACUGGGAAAUGCGUUGGAUUUUGCUAUUCAUUCCAAAAAUCUUGACCAAUACAAAGAAGAUAUGGAAGAAAUCGGUCGAAAUAAUGAAGCGACCAUGCUUGAGUUGGCAAAGAAAAAAUUGUCCAAUCAAAUAACCAAAGAUCCAACAAACAAAGGUGAAAAAGUUGGAAAAAUGCUAAAACAUUCGAAAGAAUUGAAUGCCGAAUUUGCUAAGCGAAAGCAAGAUGUUAGAAUUUCGAUCAACAAACACAUGUACACCAUCCACUCUGCGCUGAAAGAUCGAGAGAAUAAGGUGAUCAGAUUUUUGAAAACGGCCAAAUCGACGCCGAAGACAACCGCCAAACCGGCACUUGGUUUCGGACUGCUGAAAAACUUAAUUCAGCCCAAGACUGAAACAACGCAAUACGAUAGCACUACUGAAUCCACCACCGAUUAUACGGAUGCGGAAGGUUAUCAAACGUUUCCACCGAGCCAGAAAGAAUCCCGUUUGGCUGGACUUUUUAAUCGACUGAAGCGGCAGGAUAUUACUUCUAAGCAAGACGAUGAAAAUGAGGUUGAUGGAGAACCAAUGGAUGGCGACAAGCAGAAUUCGAAUUCAGAAUCGGAAUCGUCAUCAGAAGAACAGGGCGGUUUACUCGGAUUAAUUGCAAACCUUAGCGGGGGCGAUGAAGGAUCGGAUGUCGGUGCAUUAAUUGGAGCACUAACUGGAGUAGUGACCAACUUAUUUGGGCCGGGUGGAUUGGACGUUCCAUCGUUGAUUGGAACGGGGGUCGGUUUACUUGCCGGUUUAUUGUCGGGUGAUGAUAAUUUCGGUAAAGUAUUGGGAACUUAUGCAGUUGUCGCUGUUGAUGCAGCUUCGGGCGGCGGUGGAGCGAAUUUGAACGGUGAAUUUUUUGGACAAUUUUUGGGCACUGUGCUCGCCGGAUUAAGUGCGAAUCCAGAAGACGAAGAUUUGCCGCUAACUCCAGGAAUAUUCAUCGAAAACUUUUUUAAGGGAUCGCGCCAGUCAAUUCAAAAAGCUGACAAUAAAGAGGGGGGUGAAGGCCAAACGUACCAUAAGGGUGGUUCAGAUAUCUUUGGUUUCAUAGUGCACGUCGUAUCGUCUAUUGUUGGAGGCGUAACCAGUUUGAUUUUGAAUACAUCGUUGGGAUCAUCAGGUGGUUCGUCACAGGGUUCAGCUGAUCUUUCUGGUGGGUCAUCAGGAGCUAGUAGUUCAUCACAUGAUUAUCCAGUUGCCGACGAACAUCAUCAUUAACGCGCUUUGGUAUAGCUCUUGAGAUACUAGUACGCACAUAGACAAACUGGCAUCCAAGUAUUUCUAUGUCUGUGCUAGUGUCUCAAGAGCUAGCUAUGGAUAUGGAAGUAGAUUUAAUGAAUUUUGCAUUUAUGUUUACUAUUUCUUUUUCGUGUGUUCCGAUAUGAUAGCAAUUUGUGUAAAUUGUUUGCCAAUACAAUAGGAUCGAUAUUAUAUCUGUAAAACGAUUUUUUAUACGCCAAAUAAAUUUAUC